UACUUCUGGCUUGUCGCCAUUUACUUUGCAUUGAUGUGCAGAAAUAUCUGUUAUUGCUCUGUUUCUCUGUAGUGCCGCUCUAUGAGACAGACAUUGGUGAUUCUUAAAUUGUAAAGCUUGGAUCCUAGUGCAGUAUCAAGUCAUUAACUUGCGUCCUGUUGAGAUUGGAUAGUUUCGUUCUCAACUUGUUAACAUCGGGAUCUGUCUCCGCCAUGCAUCGUAAAGCUUAUAAUGUCUCCAAAGCGGCCGAGAGGGAGUUAAGUACCAUGGCCACACCUAAAGUAGUCAAAUUUGAAAGUGCAAACAAACUGGGUGCCUGCCCUGGUGUCCUGUGUGGUGACCCCAAGAAACAGCCCAGAGGCAUUAUUGUAUUACAGGAAUGGUGGGGAGUCAAUCAACAGAUCCAAGAGUGUGGCAAGGAUUUGUGUGGACGCUACGAUGCUGUCACUCUGGUCCCAGAUUUAUACCGAGGUAAAGUAGCAGAAGACAAUGAGACUGCAGGUCACUACAUGGGCAGCUUGGACUGGAAGGGAGCAGUGGAUGAUAUCCGGGCAGCUGCCAAAUAUUUAAAAGAGCAAGGAUGUAAAAAAGUGGGCGUCACAGGAUUUUGUAUGGGUGGAGCUCUGUCCAUGGCAGCAGCAGCUUUGAUUGAGGAGGUGGAUGCAGCCGUGCCCUUUUACGGAAUCCCCUCUGACCAGCUAUGUGACGUCACAAAAAUUAAAAUACCACUUCAGUGUCAUUUUGCAGAGAAAGAUGAUACUAAAGGGUUUGCUUCUCCUGAUGAAUUCCGUCCUUUGGAGGCUAAGCUUAAGGACGCCAACUUGAAAGUGUUAGAAUUCUACGUAUACCCCGCGGGUCACGCCUUCACAAACACUUCUGGGCCAAACUAUAACAAAGAAUGUCGUGAUCUGGCUUUUUCUAGAAUGUCUGAAUUCUUCAAGAAAUACUUGUCAUAAAUUGGAAACUCAAUUUUGUGUGUUUAUUCAUGUAUUUAUAAGUCUGUAGGUUUUGUUUCUUUUAGCUUGCGCUUCUGAUAAAACAAAUAUAUGUUUUAUUUCAUAGACUUUGUUUGAAUCAAAAAUGAUUUACACAUGCCAUUUGUUAUAUCAUUUAUUUUUUUAAAGUAUUUUCUUUUUAUCAAGCUGUGAAAUUAAAUAUUAAUUUUAGUACUGGUACUGUACUAUGAUUUGAAAGAAUUUGUGUACAUUUAUAGUCAUGGAGAUUCUCUGAUAUGUAAACUGUUCUUGUUAUUUAUUUUAAAGAGUAUAUCAUUGAUUUAGAAGAUACUUUUGGAGAUGGUGAUUGUUAUUGUUAAUCAAUAAACAGAUGACAUCUAA